ACCUUAUACAACACGAGAUAUUAGGACGACCAAUGAUUCUAUCCCCUGGUUACGUGCCUUAAAUACAAGGCUGCCAAUCUGGGAACUGAAUGCUGCCUGACAUACAUGUACCCAUGCCCUCACAUUCACUGCGGAGGCACCCAAAGUUUCAAUAUGCAUCCGCCAUUCGUGUCUCGAUCUAUGAAUCAAUCAGUAUUCUCUCAAAAGCGGCAUAAUUCCUCUUCUAUCGUUACCCAGUCCCAAGCCAAUUCGUACGUUGGUUAUUAGAAAUAUGAAUCUCCUUGAUCUUCCAAAUGAGGUUUUCUGGGAAAUUCUACGCUGUGCAGUGAGCUGCCGUGAAUUAAACAGAGCUCUAAGGUUAAAAUUGGUCUGCCGGCUCUUCUAUAAUUCCGUUCCUCGAGCCAUUUUUGAAGUUGGGCUAGAUGACAAUGUUAGGGCACGGGAUUACACAAACAUGAUGUUUAUGAAGGUGAAUUGGCGCACGUAUAAAUCUUACGGAUACAACGACUUCUGGCAUGCCUACCUCGUAUAUCGUGUUCGGACCGAAACCGACCCCACCCAAGGCCAAUAUGUGAACAUCCGACAGGUGGUAGACGCAUGGUGCGGGUACACAAACGACGCCUUCGAAGCCACAGUGGAUGCCCUAUGUUGGCUCGUCUUAGAACAAGGAGAGAUGACGCCUGGGCACCGAUCGCCCUGGCAGGAGGGUGAUGAACCACUGAAUUUAGGUCUAAGCCUAUUAAGUGUCGCGGCUCACUUUGGUCAUAUACCAUUAGCGAAGAAAUUUCUAGCAGAGGUUCGUUAUCCCGACAGUCUUUUCCCCUCGCCUACGUUCCUCGCCGCGGUCACUGGCAAUUUCGACAUGUUAGAACUCCUCCAAGAAGCAUUACUAAAUUCCGGAGUCCGUGAUCCAUGGGAUGGUCAUUGGGAAGCAAUCAGAGCCGCUUGCCAAUAUGGAGAUGUGGAUAUUUUUCGCCUGGCUAUAAAGUACGAAAUGGAAGAAUUUCGGUUAUAUCCGAGGUCAUACGGACUCAGGACCCUUACCAAGACCGUUUCUCUAGAACUAUACCGAUACAUUUGUAGCCUUGUAGGCGAGCCUACCGAUGGCGAGAAGGGUACUAUUGUAACAGCCCACACGAAAUUUGGCAAUACGGAAAUGGUUCGUUACCUCUUGGAUGGGGACGUUCUUGAAAUACGUCCAGGGAAAUUAAACGAAUUGUUAGAAAUCGCUGUCAAAUUUAAUCAUGAUGAGUUGGUCGAUCUACUCCUUAAACGCGGCGCCGAUACGGACUAUUGGAGACACCGGGCGUUGUCUACAGAGUUGUGCCUAGCGGUGUCGAGGGGUAGUCUACCCAUCGUGCGCAAGCUGUUAGAUUACGGCGCCAAAAUAAUGUAUUGUUGCCUCGAGUGUGCUGUGAUGCUCGAACAUACUGGCAUAUUGACCUUGUUAUUAACGAGAGGUUCGGUGAAAAAUUACAACAAAGUGUUUAAAGCGGCGAGAAAAAAUGAGCUAUGGUCCAUGGUUGAUUUUAUGAUAGAGUAUAACAGGUCUCAGCCGAAAAUCAAGGUGCCGAAAAGACGGAAAGACAGAAAGGUGUUCGUAGCAAAUUUAUAAACAGGUACAUAGAUUGGGAUUUCUCGGGCGUACAGGCUUAAACACAGAUAGCGAAUAUUUGAUAUGAUAUUAUAUGA